CUUUUAAUCCGGUUCCGUGCGCCCGCGCAUCACUCGCUUGCUUGCACUGACUCUCUGCGCCCGUGCGUGUUCUACAAUUUGAUUUGAUAGUUAGGGAAAUUUAAUUUUAAUAACAUGUACAAGUACUUGGUUUUGUUAUGUGUGGUAUCAUUUAUAGCUGUUGAGGGGCGUCCUAAAUGGCAAUUCUUACCACCAGUUCCCGGCUACGUCCCCGUCUACAUCAGGACCGGAGACACGCCGCUUGAGGAAAUCAAUCCUGACCUGGCCGAAGCGUUCCACGCUCUCCCUGCGGGUCGCAGCGUCGGGAAAGAACUGGAAGCAGCGGUCGAAAUACCUGAACAGUCCGACCAACCACAGCCAGAAAUACCUGAAUCCCCACUACCACAAGAGAGCAUCGACCGCCGACCGUACGAAAAGAAAAUCCUAGAGAAAAAGAAAAAAGCCAGCUUCGAAAUCACGAAACCGAUCGAACGUAGAUAGAGGGCGCUGAUAGUCUAAAUGUACUUAAGUUUUUUUUUUUUAAUCGAGUAAUCGAGUCUUAAGCUUGCCAUUCGCUUUGAUAUUAUUUAUUAUGUGACAAACUGAUGUAAUAUUGAAGUAAAUAAUUUAUUUCUCUGA